UCUCCUGUGUUGGUUUCCAUGCAAGAGGACAACAGGGCUGGACAAACACAGAGAGGGUGCACCCCAGAGAAACACCCUGCUCACGAGCCGUGGCUUGAACUGAAUUUUCACAUUGCGAACGAUCAGUGUGUAAUAAAGCACCCAGAUGCUGCUGAGCUACAAUGAAUAAGGAUGGUAACUGUGCAAGCUGUGCGGCGUGCUGAAGAUCUGCGGGCACUAUUCACUCGUCUACCCGGUCUCGCUGUAGUUACUGUAAAGUUGAUCGAAUCCGUCACAGAAUCAUUUUGAUAUUCUGCUGUCCUGCUAGGAUUUAUGUUUGGUGGAUGUUGGGAUGCCUGCCUCUCCUCUCCUCACAAUGGUUUUGGCUCUGCUGGGUGUGCUGAUGACAUGGGCCCAGACAGAGAUGAAAAGAGUUGUUGGAGGCAAUGCCACAUUGCCCUGCCACCAUCAAUUCUGGGUUGGUGAUGACCCCAUACUGGACAUUGAGUGGCUGCUUCUCAAGCCAACCAACAGGCAGAGAGUGGUGAUUACCUACUUUGCUGGACGGGUUUUUGACCCCAAUGAAGCGGAGCGUGGGCAUGUAGCUUUCACUGGAGAUUACUUAAAAGGUGAUGCAUCCCUGUUGAUCAGUGACUUGACACUGACAGACUCAGGAGAGUACAGCUGCAAAGUUAAGACUGGUGCACAAUACCACUGGAGCACCAUCAGCCUCAUAGUGCUGGCAAAGCCAUCCAAGCCACGGUGCUGGAUGGAAGGCAAACUGUUGGAGGGUGGUGAUGUUAAGAUGAGCUGCAAGUCUACUGAUGGUUCCGAUCCCAUUUACUAUAAAUGGGAAAGAAAAAUGGACAAGGACAAGUAUGCUGGGAAGCUGCCUCCACUAACCCUCAUAGAUUUGAAAAACCCUGAGAUUGUGACACUGAGAAACUUGACCAAGGACAACACUGGAGUCUAUAAAUGCACAGCCAGCAAUGAUGUGGGAGAAGAAAGCUGCACAGUGGAGGUCAAUAUGCACUAUGUCAGGGGAAUGGGCGUGGUAGCAGGGACAGUGGUCGGUGUGUCCUUUGGUGUCCUCCUUGUCAUCCUCAUCAUCUGGUUGGUGCUCCGCAAAAAGGAGAUGAAGAAAUAUGAAGAAGAAGAGACUCCAAAUGAAAUCAGGGAGGAUGCAGAGGCUCCAAAAGCCAGCCUGGUGAAGCCCAACUCACUCUCCACAUCCCGUUCGGGAAGCUCCACCCAGUCCAUGCUUCACAACAUGGGACCUAGAGUCCAACGAGCCUGUGUUCCUGCUGUGACAGCCCUCAAGGAAACCUGUCAAGCCUCCAACGUCCCUCAAUCCCCACCUGCCUACAAUCAGACAGUUCCCAAGAUUCCAGAACCCUGUUCUACAUCCACCACCAUAUCUACAUCCAACUCUAAGCCCAGCCCACCACAUAAGCUGAGUCCUGGGAACCUGGCCCACAUGGGGGCCACUCCUGUUAUGAUCCCUGACCAAACCAAGGCCUUCCAGACAGUGUAGAAGAGAGAAAUAGAAAACUGUAUUCACAGAGGAAUUGGUCUAGUCAGCCUCAGGAAACGACAGCCAGCUGAACCCAAGAGUUUGACUCUGACAAACAUCCAUUCAUUAAAUCCAAAUAUAUUCUCAGUAUUCACAAACUGAUGAACAUGUUCAGCAGUUUAACUCAUGGAAAAUCUCUUCACACUUUAUUCUUCUUCUGAUGUUUCUUACUGGUACAUUGUCAUCAGUCAUGGGGUAGUUUUUUUAUGAAGUCUGAUUCUGAAAAACGAUGCUGUUGAAACUGCAACAGCAGUUGGUUGUUUAUAGAAGCAGAGACUUGCAUGAACAAGAGAGUGGAUAAGAUGUGAUGAAAUCAAGAGUAUGAGCCAUACUGUAGUUGGUGAAAAUUAGCACUUGGACAUGCAUGCCAACUUCAUUCACUUUGUAGAAAACAACAGAUUGAUUACAUGUACUACUAGAGAAGUUAAAAUAUUUCAUAAGGAAACAGCAAAAAAUGGACACAUACCUGUUACAGUAUGUUUUUAACUAACAACCUAGCACCUUCCUACACAAAGUCCACCGCUUUACAUGUGUUACUAAUGAAAAUACCUGCACCUAUGACUAAACUAAUAAAAGUAGUUUAACUUUAAUAUUGUACAGUAUAUUAAUGGGAUAAAUGGCUCUGAUUGUAUAAACCAACCUUGUGUGAACACUUCAUUUAUCCAUCAGUACCUGUCACACACACUAAUCCUUUUGUCACUGAUUCCUCUGUGCCAAGGAUAUACAUAAUAAACAUACAAGAGCCACAUGUAGACAUGCACAAUGUCCCAUUUUCAGUAGCUAAAGAGUGAACUCAUAGCACAUUUCAUGUAUACACUGUUUAUUUCUGAAAUGUCAAGGUUCCAUAAUAUUUAAAAGAAGCAUGUGAGACUUUUUCAAAUGCUCCUCCCUGGAGUGUGUAGUUCAGAGGCAUGGCAACAUAAUAGGGCAAAGGAAAACAUUUACAUGGUAAAUUAAAUCAAAGAGGAGUUGAGAUGGAUGCAAAAUAACGUAAAACAAUCCUUAAAGAACUGUGGUUGUAUGAUGAUGUGGAUGAAAAGGAAAAUUCUAUUGGUGGAAGGUCGGUGUAUCUUUUGAGAUGGGUAUUAUUAGAGGUUAUCUUCUUGUUCACAUAUGAAUUCAACACACAUAUACACACAUGCACACACACAUGGCUGCACUCUUGCUCAAUGUACACUGCACUUCAGCAUCAAUGUUAUUGUUAGCAUAUUUAUUCAAUAGUUAAAUUUUAAACCAAAUAACCAUCACAGACUGUACAAUGCCUGUGGUGGAAAAUCCUCUGAUCAAAUUUCAAGCAAAUAACACAACUGCCAUCAAUAUUUAGAAUAGAUAGGUGCUGUUAUGCCGUACAACUUUUACUCUUUAUUUGGCCACAGGAUUACUGUUAGUAAUCAGGUGACUCAAUGUGAUAUAUUAGGAUGUACGAUAAUUGUGUAGCCAGUGUUGAGUUUGAGAAAUUACAUUGGUAUGGAGAGACUGUUGAGUUUGAUAAAUUAGUCAGAAUAUUGCCCUGUAUUUUGCAAACAGACCAUUGAUGUCUUGCACUUCUUCGAGCCACUUUGUGCUUAUAGACAGACAUACUCUCACUAUAACUAAAUUGUCAAUCUUGUAGCUGUUGUUAAUAAAGUUGGAUUAGGAAAGGAUCAUGUUUAGUAUUAACCCUGUAUAGGUGGUUUCUUAAAAAUAUAAAUAAAACUUGUAAAUUAAAAAUAUGAAUUAAAUUCUACUUUGUCAAAAAAUGCUUUGAUAACUUUUUUUUUUCAAACUGGAAAAAUUACCUUUUUUGAAAUAAAAUUUGUAAAGCCA